AUGUCAAAAUUAUAUAAGACACCCUGCAAUACAAAUAAUAUACAUUUGGAUAAUGAAAAGCAUACUAAUGAAGAAACUGAUUAUGAAAAGAUAAAUGCUCGCAAGAUACCAAAUAAUGUAGAAAAUGAUUAUGUAAUACCAAAUAAAAAAUUAUUUGGUAGAGCAUUCAAUGAUGAAGUACUUAAUAAUAAUAUAUUCAAAGAUGAAAUACCUGACGAUAAAGCAUUCGACAGUGAAGCAUUUGAUGAAACAUUAGAAGACUUCUUUUAUGAUAAAAUGUUAAGUGAUGAUGAAAUGAUAAUAAAUUUUGCAGAUAAUGUGCUAAGUGAAGAAUCUGAUAGAAUUAUUAACCUAGUACUAAAUAUUGAAGAAAUGCUAUCUAUUAGUGGAGAAUUCUCUCCAUAUUUCAAGAAUCCUACUGAAAAAUUAAGAGAUAUUGCAUAUUCUUAUAAGCACCCAUCAGAAUUUGCAGCAUUAGAGAUACCUGAAGGAAGGUUUAUAUCCAAAUCAGAAAUUUACCUUUUAAUGAAAAAAACUACUAAAGAAUCAUUUUGUGCUUGGCCCUUUGUUACUGAGAUAAAACAACUAGAAAAAGAGAUAGUAAUGAAUGUUCUAGGAAAUCGAAGCCUUAUUAUUGCAAGUCUUGGUGCUGUAACCGCUGAUCUUCCGCAAAGAAAUGAUUUGAUUGGAGUUAAAAAGCAUGGUGCUAUAAGAAGAUGUUGUACAUGUAAUAUAGUAAAAAAUUCCUGA